GGAGAGGAGAGGAGCCAUCCACCCGUCGCUUCAGUUCAUUCACUUCUUCUUCUUGGCUUGCUGUCUGACGUGCAGGGGGUUCUGUGUGGUGAGCGAGCGGAUGUACGUCAGCCGACCGAACGCAGCGAUGCGGGGCUUGCUCCGCUUCGUGUUCAACGGAUGCCUGCACACACACACACACACACACACAGAGAGACACGCACACGGCAAUAUGCGUCACACGACGACACGCGCAUCCAUCAACAAUACCUCUCCACUGGGAGCGCCCUGUUGAGCAGCGCCCAGUAGUAGUGGCUGGGGCCGAUGUUAUCCCAGACCUCCUUCAUGGCAUUGAUGGCCUAACCACAGUCACAUGAUUCACACACAUGGAGAGGGAGGGAGGGAGACAUAAAGAGAUAGAUGCCAAUCAGCGUGCAGACAGCUGCUGUGGUGGGCGGUGGUCUCUCACUCACCCGUAUUUUGCUGGCGAAGUCCCAGCCGCGCGAUCGCUCGAGGAUGCGGAUCGUGUGCACCACAUUGGCCCGAUCUAACGGACGGACACGGAAGGGAGCAAAGGACGAUGUGCACCUGUUAGUGCAGCUGGCCCGUUCUAUCAUCUCGCUUACACUUCCAGUCCUUAGGCAGAGAGUGCGCGAAGCGCUGGAGAGUCGGGUACCUGCACACACACACACAGACCAUACACACACUCGAGCGUCCGUCCGUCUAUGAGCCAUCCACCCACCGACCCAUGCACCGUAUUUUGGCGAGUUCUUCUUCGAGCGGUUUCCUCGGUUUGCCCAUGGUGAUGCCGCCCGUGACACCAUGGGGGACGGCACUCUCGAACCCGAAAUGGUUGCGGAAGGGGUGCAGGGGGUGGGCCCUGACGAGCGGAGGGAGUGAUGAGUGGAUGGACAGCACAACACACACACACACAAAGACAGUAAGGGGACCUUUUCCUUGUGUUGAUAUUUCUGUCUCCUCACUCUUCUGUGGGCUGGUUCUCCGGCAAAAUGCUCAGGACUUCAUCCACGUCAACCUUCUCACCUGCGCACACAUUAGCUCCCACAUGCAUGUUCGUGCAUUGGCUGGCCUCAUCCACCCACCGACCCACUUACUCGCCCACCGUUCUCUCUCUUGACGUGCAGCUCGUUGAUGAUGGCCCCGAUGGCGUGCAGCUUCUGCUGCAGCCUCUCACGGCUGUCGUAGUGGUACCGCACAUCGCCGCGGAAGGCCAUCAACGGCUCAAUCACCUCGGGCGGCAUCUUUGCCUGGAGGACAAGACGGAGACAACACUCCCUCUCUCUUUGCGUGCAUGGCUGACUGACAUCUCUCUGUGGGUGUGUGGAUUACCUCCAGCCGCAGUUUGGUCAGGUCUGGCCGAUACUUGUCCAGAUAAUUCUCCACCUGCACACACACACAGCGACAAUCCAUCCGUUGAGGUAGACAUACGGCCGUGCCGCAGACAUUUGUGUGUGGUGUGUGGCGUGUGGUUUGUGCGGUGCGGUGCAUGCCUGUUCCUCGUCGAGUUUGUUGCGCGUGCAGUGGUCGUAGAGGAUGCGUUGGAGCACCGCCCGCUUCAUCAUGUAGGGGUUGUCGUAGUCAGCCAGCACGUUGACCAGCUUCGGACGGCUGCAAUGACACACAAUACACUUCCGCCUUUAGCCAUCGACGGACGCAUCUCCAGGGCUGACCUUUGAUCCAUUAGGUCGUCCCUCACUGCAUUGGACAUGACGUCGAAGAACUGGUCGGUCGGCGCACUCUAAAGGAAGGGAUGAACCGACAUGACAGCACAUCAUUAGAGUGCACAGUGACUGGAUUGACAUACCGGCGUCUUCCACUGGUUCUUGAGCCGUUUUGUGAUGUGCUCGUAGAGUUCCGCCUUCUGCCGGUCCUCACAGAGCGUCUGCAGGGCGACGCGGUCAGAGAAGGCCUCUGACCUGAGAGUGAGUUACACCCACACAGACAAACAAACGUUUGUGUGACGGCGGCCGACGGCUGUUGGCUGUCUUGCCGACUUACUCGGCUGGCUGCUCCUCUGCGCCCAUCAGCUGAAAGCGUUUGUACUGCAUACAAACAAACACACACACACACACACACACACACACGGAGAGCAAGCACAGGCAAUGGUUGGCUAUGUGUCGGUCUGUCUAUCUUUCGCCCAAACGCACCUUGACGGGUUUCCGCCGCGCAUAAGCUGGCUUCCCCUUCUCCCGCUUCUUGACGCCCCGCUCCCUUUCCUCCUGCUCACGCCUGUCCACCACACGCCUCUCCACCAGCCGACGGUCACGGCCCUGCAGCUCCGGCCCUAUCUGCAUCGCCGCAGCGUCGUCCGACUGCCACUUGGGCACCUCAGCCGACGGCGGAUACACUCGCCGGUCGAUGAGGGUCUUGCGCGCGUCCCAGUUGCGCCUGUCGAACUGCCGCAAGAGCGCCUUGACCCGGGCCUUCUUCCGUGCCGCAUCGGUGAGGAGGGAUGAGUCAUAAGCUGCUUCUUCUGUUUGGGGUAAUGCUGGGGAGUCGGGGCUGUCGGUUGGCUCACGGGGCGGGGUAGAACGGGAAGACAAGAGGCGCGUGGUGGUGCACCUCACGAAAGAGCCAGAUCCUCGGUGGUGGGGAAGCAGCGCCGCACAUCGAUGGCGGAUCAUUGUAGAAAUGGAAGAUGCCAGAUGGGUACCACUUGGCCGCCUUGACACUCUCCCUGUAUAUAUGUGUGUGAGCCUCUCUGCGACCCGAGAUC